CAACGCUCAUUCGUUCGCUUUUGCUAUUCACUCUCCACUCUACCACCACAGCGGGCUGUUGACAAGUCACUAGACGCCGACCCAAGCCUGUAGCCGUCUGGUCGGGAAAAGCGUUGGUACUUAUGACUGUACAUGGAUGAAGAAAUCCUCUGCCGCCAUGAAUACUUUUCCCUCAUCUGCUCUUUCGUGCGUUUUAUCGACACACAGGAUACAUGAUCCUUCAUUCUCUCAUACUAGCGAUUACACAACACGCCUAUCAUAAGACUGAGUCUCCCGGCAUCUACCAUAAUUGACCAUACUUGGUGUCUCACACGUAAGUAGCAGCCACUAUCGUGAAGAAAGAGCUUGGCCUAGCAUUCGCCUCUGCAAGACUGCAUAUAUUCAUGGUCGAGAGUCGGAAUGAUGACUGUAUCAAGGCGAAAGAACAAGAGGUAACAUGGCGGUCGCUGCCCAAGAAGGGCCAACUUGCCUUGCUCACGGCGUCACGUCUGUCUGAGCCUCUAUUCCUCACGUCCACGCAGUCAUACAUGUUCUACAUGCUCAAGUCGUUCGACCCUUCGCUGUCAGACUCCCAGAUUGCUCAGCAGACCGGGAUCAUCGUUGGGGCGUUUCUGUUUGCUCAGUUCCUCACGAGCUUUCUGUGGGGCACCGUCUCCGACUCAAGGCACGUUGGGCGGAAAUAUGUGGUCUUGCUCAGCCUCUCUAGCACCGCAGUGACUGCUAUCGGUGUUGGUUUCUCUAGAUCGUACGCAUCAGUGGUUGCGUUUCGUGUACUUGGAGGGGUCAUGAAUGGGAAUGUGGGCGUCAUGCGGACUAUGAUAUCGGAGAUCAUCAAGGAGAAACGCUUUCAGUCUCGCGCCUUUCUUCUCUUGCCCCUGACGUUCAAUGUGGGUGUCAUCAUAGGACCACUGUUAGGAGGAGUCUUGUCCGAUCCCAUCGGUCAGUAUCCGUCUCUGUUCGGACCGCACUCUACCUUUGGUGGCGAUCAGGGGGUGUAUUGGAUGAAGCAAUGGCCGUAUGCCCUGCCGAACAUAGUCUGCGCCAUCUUCUUAAUCACAUCGUCCACGGCUGUCUUCCUCGGCCUCGACGAGACUCAUGAGGACCUCCAAGAACGACCGGACAUUGGAAGACGCUUCGGCCGCUGGCUUGCCACACUCCUCACCCGCAGGUCCCACCCUCCGGACUACACCAUGCUCGCGACCUCCGAAGACGACGACAACAACGACAAUGCCAUACCGGACACACCAACAAGCGUCCAACUCCACACGACAGCACUCGAUCGAGCCCUCCCGCUCCCCCCCAAACCACCCCGCCAACGUCUCCCCUUCCGCCGCCUCUUCACCCGCCGUGUCACAAUCACCCUCCUCGCCCACGCCUUCACAACAAUGCACAUCGGCACCUUCUCCAGCCUCUGGUUCGUCUUCCUCUCCACCCCACGCUUCGACCCAUCCCACCCACACCCGCCCUCCCUCCCCGCCCAAUCCCCACCCUUCCACUUCUCAGGCGGCCUCGGCCUCCCCCCACCGCAAAUCGGCCUCUCCCUCGCCAUCGUCGGCACCAUCGGCAUCGCAGCCCAAUUCCUCAUCUACCCGCGCGUCACCGCCCGUCUCGGCACCGUCCGCAGCUACCAGUCCUCCCUCCUCCUCUUCCCGCUCGCAUACGCCCUCGUGCCCUUCCUCGCCGUCGUCAAGAGCACCGCCCCCGCCCCGCACCAUGCCUCGGGCCUGCGCGUCUGGGCCGCUAUCAUCGCCGUGCUCGCCGUGCAGGUGUGCGGCCGCACGUUUGCCCUGCCGGCCGCGCAGAUCUUGAUUAAUAAUAACUGUCCGCACCCUAGUCGGCUGGGCAGCAUGCAUGGUAUUGGGCAGAGCGUGAGUGCGGGGACGCGUACUGUGGGGCCCGUGGUGUUUGGCUGGUUGCUGGGCCGGGGGCUGGAGGUUGGGAUUGUGGGGUUGGCGUUUUGGGUGUUGAGUGCGGUGAGUGUGCUUGGGGCGUGGGUGGCGACGGUGGUGCGGGAGGGGGAUGGGCAUGAGAUUUGGCUGGAGGGCGAGAAGGAGGAGGAGGAGGAGGGGGUUGUUUCUGUUGCUGUGUCGGCGUAGAGUUGGACGGUUUUGGGCUGUAAGUCGUAUGUCCCGGUAGGGCGCGAUAGACGUGACAGUAGUCUGAAUAUAGAUCUCAAAUGAUGAGCAAACAAAGCAUCCAAGGUGUGCUUCACGGAGUAGCACCAUACGAUCAUACAA